GCCUAGGCAACAGGGAGAGACUCCAUCUCAAAAAAAAAGGGGGGGGGGGAAGAAGUAAGCAGAACUUUUCUAGGAAGCCAAGACAUUCUCUUCUUUGUUGAAACUGAGAGACAGUUGCUAAUAGGGUUUGUUGUUGUUGUUUGUUUUCGUUUAUGUUCUUUUUUUGUAGAAAGAUGUACUUGGUGCAUUUGAAGACGCAGGAUCCCACAGCAGCCUUGCUGUUGCUACCUCAGCCAGACAGGCCUGGCAUCCCAAACAUCCUACAACCAACCUCAGGCAAACACUCUCUUAAAAAACCCAGACAGUGAGGGGUUGUAUCCUUCUUUCGAAGGUGGGAUACACUGAGAGUGCUUGGAUGCAGGUGCUCCAAAUUACCUCUGCCUCAAACCAGUUUGCCGAAUUCUAGGCAAGCUGAGUAAAUACUCAUGGGAAGGUUAAUAAAAAUGGGAACUCACCCAUACUUAGAAACAUAAUAGAGAACAUUAGACUCAUGGAUACCGCUGCCAUGCCCACAGCAUCCCUGGAGCCAUUGGAAAGGGCCCGGUGAACAUUUUAUAACCAGGCAUUCCCCAGCUAGCGCAUAUUAAUUGUGGGAAUUAAAUCAAGGGAGGGAAUGGAUUCUCCCUGGGGCUUGAAGAAAAUGGUCCACUUACUGUGCUUUUUCACAGUUGCAUUGCCUUCCUCUGAUGCUGGGUAGGGAGAGAGGAGGGGCGGUGCUGGGGCCAGUUACCAGUGCAGAGAAACGGGAAGCAGUUAUGUCCUGGGCAAUGAAUGCAGUUAAUAAACAGGGCUUAGUUUAUAGUGGACACUCAACAUUUAUUUUCUGAUUUCUGUACAUAUUUCUGUGUUGCCCAUUCUUGUUUAUCUCUUAGUGGAGAUGUUUGAGUUUUGCAGGUGAGGGAGGGAGAUGGUUAGUUCCUAAAUAUAUAACCAAAUCCUAUGACAAAAUAAUAUUAAUAAUUAUUUUCUGCUAUUUUAUUUUAUCAUAAAUUGACAAAUUAUAACUGUAUAUAUUUAUGGGGUAUGAUGUGAUAUUAUGAUACAUGUGUAUAAUGUGGGAUGAUUAAAUACAGCGAAUUAACACAUCCAUCACCACAAAUACUUGUCACCUACCAUUUUAAAUUGCAAAAAUGUACGGAAGGACCACAGUCCUUCAACUGAAACCCUGUAGUCAGUUGUGUUUCAGAAUUCAGAAUUUUAUUUUAGAAAGGUGAUAGAAAGCAUACGCUACAUACUAUGAAUCACCCCUAGCAGGAUCUGGGAAGAUUCUUAGAACCUAUAACAUUAAGAAUUUCUGUAGCAAACAUGGUGAUUUGCUCUAAGUGGGAUAAGUAAAGAUUUUUAAUAGCAUCAUAUCACUUCAAGUUAUGACACUGAAUGCAUUUUGGGGCCAAACUCACAAAGAACAACAAGAUUUACAAAACUUUCUGGAUUUUAGAAUUGUGGGUAAAGAUUAGAUUUUAUAUAAAUCCCACUGUGAGUCAGGGAGUGCUUAAUGGGCUGUCCUUGGAAGCCAGUUAGUAUUUAUGAAAAAAAAAGUGUGUUUCAAAUGACCAAUAAAAUGAACCUUUGGAACAUAAGCCAUUUGUCAUUUGAGGACUAACAGGAUUAAUACAAAUAACUGAAAUUCAUAGGAGGCAAUAGGCACUGCCAGUAAAUGACACUUCUUAGCUACUCCUUACCCAAAUCUCUGCCUUGAUGAUGUGUCUUCUCUCUCUCUCAUCUUUAUUUCCCUGUUAUCUCCUCUUUUUUCCUUAAAAAUAGUGAGUUUGUCCUAGAUUUUGAGCUGCUGACACUCACUCCAGAUAGUUGGCAGGUCUUAAUCAGGGCAAGUCGAUGAGGUGUGGAAACCACAGUGAUUUCAGUCUCAUGGGAUCCAAGCAAAAUUUUAAAAUAUAUAUAAAGAAUGAUUUUUUAAAAUUCAUAGAGUGACAUAUCUUUAACAUUGUGUGACAGAAUGGAAACGACAGGGUUAAAAAUCUCAAGUUAAAAUCACUGAGAAAUUCAGCUUUUCUUCGAGGAAAACAUUUCUGAACUAUCACUGACACCAUAAAGUGUUUUGUUUAAACAAUAAAAGAACCUCAUAUCUAUAGGAAAUCCUGAAGUUGCUUUAAAAACAAAAAUACUUAAACCUAGAAGCUGUUACAAUGGGAAACUAGACUAAAUAAUUUAUGGCUGGUGUGUCACUAGGAAUUCUAAUGGCAUAAAGAAAUGCUUAAUAAACAAAUGGCCUUUCAAAUUUCGCAACUCUGGGGGUAUGAUAACACUAUGCACUGGUUUUUAAAAAUCUGUCCAUAAGACCUGGAGAGCCUAACUAUACUGUGGAUUCAUUUUAUCGUAGGUCAUAUGAGGUCACUGUAAAUCUUUGUACUAUAUUUGAGAAAACACAGAGUUGCGCCAUCCCCAGCAUCUAAUGUCGUGACAGCCACAAGGCCUGGCACCUGAUUUCUCCAGCACUGCACUUGCCCUUAUGUCCUGAUAGCGUAAGCAGUUUUUGGUGUCUUUGAGAGUCAUCUUUACACAGCCAAAUUAGAGAAGUGAAAUGGGUUUUCCUGUGUUAGUCAGUCUUUCCUGAUCCUCACAUUUCUUUGGCUGCGGAUUAUAACAUACUGUAGUAUCCCCUAACCUCUUUUGACUGUUAUUUCUUGUAUUAUUAGUGACAUUUGGUGAAAAUGCUUUGAAUUUCUCUGUUAGCAUAGGUGAGCAGAAAUGCUGAUCAGAAAUAGAAGAACUAGUUAUGAUGAAAACAUAACCAAAAUGGAAUGGCAAUACUCUGCUUCCUAAUAUUUAUUUGGAGCAGAGAUAUUAAAGAUAGUCUUUAUUUUUCAAUGUUUUAUCUGCUACUCUCUGCCUCCUCCAAUAAUAACCAAAACACUUUAAAAUUUUAAAUUGAAAAGUUGCCCAGUCAUUCAGUGAUGUCAAUGAUAAAGGCUGAACCAUAUUUAGACUAACCCCAAGGAAAGGAUAAUGUAUUGUAUUUUUAAAUAGUCCUUUUUACCUUUUCAUGAUCAGUGCCUCUUCCUGUUUCUGUCUGCCCUGGCAUCUUUUGGAAAGCUCUGUGUUUUGCAUAGCAUGUGCACCUUUUUUUUUUUUUUUCCUGAAAUGUGCAGCACAUUCAACAUUGCAGUGAUUUCUUUCCCCCUCCUUUGCUUAGAACAGAGGUGGAAACCCCAGGGGAUUCAAGUACCCACUUGAUAGGCUCAGUCUCUCUUAAUCAGCCUGUAAUGGAGCUAAUGGCUGUUUGUCAUCCUUGGAGAUAUAAAUUUCCUGGCGGUGUCUCCUGCAGACAGUGCAUGAAGUAUGCUCAGUGUGCCAGCAAGGGCUGAUAAUCAGCAGAAGGGCAGGGUGCUUCGUUAGUCAGAAGAGCCAGGGCUUCCCAGCUGCCAGGCUACAGAACUCGCCUCGCCACUCCUGAGGCAUGGACAACGCCGUUGAUGGACUGGACAAAGCUUCUAUAGCAAACUCAGAUGGCCCCACAGCAGGUUCCCAAACACCUCCCUUCAAGAGGAAGGGGAAACUAUCCACCAUUGGUAAAAUCUUUAAGCCUUGGAAAUGGAGGAAAAAGAAGACCAGCGACAAAUUUAGAGAAACCUCAGCAGUAUUAGAAAGGAAGAUAUCCACACGACAAAGUAGAGAGGAGCUGAUAAGAAGGGGAGUUCUUAAGGAAUUGCCUGAUCAAGAUGGAGAUGUAACAGUUAACUUUGAAAAUUCAAACGGGCACAUGAUACCCAUCGGAGAGGAAUCUACCCGAGAGGAAAAUGUAGUAAUAUCUGAAGAAGGUAAUGGCUCUGUAUCUGAAAAAACACCACCUCUGGAGGAAAAGGCAGAAGAUAAGAAAGAGAACACUGAAAACCACUCUGAAACACCGGCAGCUCCUGCUCUACCUCCUUCUGCUCCUCCUAAGCCUAGACCCAAACCUAAACCCAAAAAAUCACCUGUGCCUCCGAAAGGGGCCACUGCUGGGGCCAGCCACAAAGGUGACGAAGUGCCUCCCAUUAAAAAAAAUACCAAGGCUUCUGGUAAGCAGACCCCCGUCCCUCCACCCAAGCCAACAAGCCGAAACACAACCCGAGAGGCUGCUGGCUCCUCUCAUUCAAAAAAACAAACUGGCUCUAAAGCAUCAGCUUCGCCAUCCACUUCAUCCACCUCAUCUCGUCCCAAAGCUUCAAAGGAGACAGUAUCUGGCAAAACAGGGACAGUGGGGACCACCAAGGGCAAGAAAAAAACUGGCAAGCAGGCAACGACUUCUCACCUGUCCUCAGACACAACCACUUCUGGCACAUCCAGCCUGAAAGGAGAGCCUUCGGAGACCAGAGUGGAGAGUCUCAAACUCGAACAGACUGUCCCUGGAGCCGAGGAGCAGAACGCAGGCAAAUCCAAGUCCACGGUCUCUCCAACCCCUGUGGCUCCCACACCUUCUCCUCCUGCCCCUCCUCUCCCUCUUGAAGAUCAAUGCAUUACUGCCUCAGAUACUCCUGUUGUCCUGGUCAGCGUUGGAGCUGACCUGCCCGUCUCUGCCUUAGACCCAAGUCAGCUUCUUUGGGCUGAAGAGCCGAUGAACAGAACCACUCUCCACUCAGACACUGACUUAAGUGUUAACAGAGAAAAUGCAAAAUGUUUCACAACCAAAGAGGAGCUGGGGAAGACAGUGCCUCAGCUGCUGACUCCUGGGCUGAUAGACGAAUCUUCAGAAUUCUUUAGUGCCUCAGAAGAUGAAGGCCAAAGGGAAUACCAAGCCAAUGACUCUGACUCAGACGGGCCUAUCUUGUACACCGAUGACGAGGACGAGGACGAAGAUGAGGAUGGCAGCGGAGAAAGUGCUUUGGCAAGUAAAAUCCGACGGAGGGAUACUCUUGCUAUCAAACUUGGCAACAGACCAUCUAAGAAAGAAUUAGAGGACAAAAACAUCUUGCAGCGUACAUCUGAAGAAGAGAGGCAGGAAAUCCGACAACAGAUUGGAACCAAGUUAGUCAGGAGGCUGAGCCAGAGGCCCACGUCUGAAGAAUUAGAGCAAAGAAACAUCCUAAAACAAAAGAAUGAAGAAGAGGAACAAGAAGCAAAAAUGGAACUUAAACGCAGACUCAGCAGAAAGCUCAGCCUGAGACCCACGGUGGCAGAGCUACAAGCUCGAAGGAUCCUGCGAUUUAACGAGUACGUGGAAGUCACAGAUUCUCCCGACUAUGACCGCCGAGCAGACAAGCCCUGGGCCAGGUUAACACCGGCAGACAAGGCAGCAAUAAGGAAAGAACUAAAUGAAUUUAAAAGCACAGAAAUGGAAGUUCAUGAAGAGAGUCGACAGUUUACAAGGUUUCAUCGUCCGUAACAAAGUGUGAGACUGUUUGGAAACAGAGACUGAUCAUCUUUGGGGGAAGCCUUGCUUCCUGAAAACCUGAUAUUGCACUGGGAUUUGAAUGUGUGUGUUUCCGUUUAACUUGUGGUGGAGGAAGUGUGUGACUCAGCUUGGUUGGGAAGUGCUCCUCACCUGUGCAGCCCAGAUGGCUCCAACAAGCCAAGGGAAGGAUGCAGGGACCCUUGCUGCCCAGAAUGCACAGCGAUGGUAAGAGACAUCGUGGCCAUUCUUCAUCAGAAGCUUUAAUCGAAGAAGAUGAGCAGGAGACAAUCGCUGGCUCCCUGUUACCAGAAAGCCAAAUUUUAUAAUGUAGGUGAAAGAAAAAUACAGAGUAAAAUUGCUGGGCAGUGAAAAUCAGAAAGAAAGAGAAAUAUUUCAUUAUGUUAAUGAAGAAAAGAGAAAACUGAAGCAUAAAUGUAUUUUUGAAGUAGUUAUUCGGUAACUGAGAACUUAUUAAGGGAUUUAGGGAUCUAACCUCCGGAUGUAGAUUCCUCAAAGACUUGAUCCGAGAAUAUUCUUGUUUCACCAUUAUGUUGGUACAGUAUAGUACCAUUAUUUUAUGUUGUGCCAGUGAAUCCAAUUGCCAGAAAUAAGUCUGAAUGUUUUCAUGCAUCUUUUUCUUAAACGCAAGAGCUUCUACUGACUUUUAACAAGCAUGCUUACCCAAAUUUUGUUGCAUGCUUUGAAGUAGCAUUAGCUAUACACACUUGACAUUUUAAAAUAUUCCUUUCCUAGUGUACCAGCCUUCACAGGAUAAGAGGACUGGGAAUAAAGUCAGAUGUCAUAUGACCCUAGAAAACUGUAGCAAGCUUCAAAAAUAAAUAUUUUGAUCUUUCCUUAUCUCGAUUAGAUCCAAAGUCAAAGCAACCAUACUUCACCUAACAAAGAUAGUGUUGACAAUCAUGACACCUGUUUUAAAAACCUGACUCCAAAAUGAAAACUUAAGCAAGAUACAAACGUGCUGCCUGCAGUAGUCCUGCAUGGGAAUAAGGACCAGUUAUUUUUUAGUGCCACAUUUUUUAAAAGUUGGUUUGCUGCUAUUAAAAGAAAACAAAGCACAAAGAUCAAAAAAAUACCCAAAGACUUAACAGAACACGGAAAGUUCCCACUACGUUGUGUGUGAGGAAAUCUUCAUCUUAUAUUUUAGAAAUCUGCAGAUUGCAUCCACAAAUACAGUAUAGUAUCUACUGUCAAUGCAAAAGAAUCAGUGAGAUUAAAGUAGUGGAAGGUCCCCUGUGAGCCUACAGUCUGUACUGUUUACAUUAAGAAACACUCUAUUGUUGUGUAGCUAUUUUCCAUGGAGUCACAGGCACAGUAUGACUUCUGCUUCCAAAUACAUGUGACCAUUAUGAACAUAUGUAAAUACCACCUUGCAUUUAAUUGUUCUGUCACAAUUGUUUUGUGCCCCUUUAAUUAAAAACACAUGAAAUGAAUAACAAAACAAGACCCAAAUAGAGUUUAUUUUAUUCUCAGUGUUUGGACUACAGUUUUCUGAGAUGUUGCUGGUUCAUAAUAUGGAAGCCUUCUAUUUUCUAUUUCAACCCAAAAGUAAGCAUUUAACCUGGUGAAUAAAUUUAGAUCCUGCCAUUCACUGGUAUUUUGAAGAACCUCUUGAAAUUGGAUUAUUUUAUUUAAAAAUAAAAAAUGUUAAUACCGGUUGGCCUAUUAUAAAAAGCCAGGACCUUGUUAGAGCUAAGAAAAGUAACCAGCAUUACUGCACCUCUUGUUAGACUCUGUGCAUUAAUAAAAUGCAACUAGAUUCUGUUGACAUUUCACUAAUAGGAUAAGACAUAUUUUUGCUUUGACAAAAUUUUUCUGCAUGCCCAGGUUCUGUCUCUGCCUGAAGUUUUGUCUGUUGUAUAGUGUUUCAAUCCAGCCCUAAAAAUUAACUUGUGAUUUUUUUUUCCCCUAAAGUCAUGCUUUUUCUUAAUUAUAUUUUAUUUUAUUAUUUUAGUGUCUUGGGAAAAAUACCAAGAGAUAUAACAUCUCUUCUAAUUGUCUAUGCCUAAUCAUCUUUAAACACUUUUUAAAUUUUUAACCACAAGGCAGCUCUAUAAUGGUAAAUAUUAGACAUCACCAUUUUAUCACUCAAAGUACAUGUCACUGAAAGUUUCUCUUUGAUUGAUAAAAGGAACAGUUUUUUCCCACUUUUGGUGCCUAUGAUGCAGUUUUUUAUUGCCUACCAUGAGAUAUACUCAGUAUGAAAAAUGAAAAUCUGGUAUUUCAAAAUUGUUUUCCUUGUAUAAUAGGUCAGAUUUAUUAAAUACUCAUACUUUUUCUUUAUACUAAUUGAUACAUUUAGAAAAAAUUUCUCCAUUUGAGAGAAGUUUAAAAGUUAAAAAAAAAAUAGCCACUGCUCGUCUACUAUUUAAGUAAUUGGAACCACCAAUUAUUUUCUUAGAAUGAUUGCUUGGGUAAAAAGCUGUAGAAAGAAUUAAAGGAUUAUGAGCUAAGCUGUAUUUUGCAGAAUAUGGCUUUAUUUUAGCAGAGCAGAGACGAGGCAUAUCCCCACCAGCCGUCCAGCCGGAGGUCUCCUACCCGGCCGGCCUAAAGGGAUGCAGAGUCCUGGCCCACCCUCCGUGCAUAUGCUCCUCUGCCCACCACCUGCGUUUCAGCAAUCCAGCCAGGAAGUGUAUGUUGAUUAGGAAAAAUAAAUGUGUGUGGGAAUUGGAUUUCUUUUGUGGUAACACAAUUCCAGGUUUUCGUCUAUUAAAAGUGUGACAUUAGGCUGACAUCGAGGAAUUAAUUGGGUUUUCCUGAGUUCCCAAGAUAUGAUUAAGGAAGAAAACAAAUCCAUCUCCAAGAAAAUCCCAGGCAGGAAAGAACCAGACAGAUGUAAAAAUUGAAGUGACCAUUUUAGUUUCUUGGUUUUUUUUCUAAUGGAGAAUAAAAACAUUAACAUUAAGGUAUUAAGAAGGUGCUCAGCAGGCUUGAUCAGCAUCUUCACACUCAUUACCAAUCAGUCUGACAAAAUAGUUCUCUGGUGGUCAGCAUUCACUUAACGCAGCUUGCCUGAUAAUUUGCUGUGUAUGUGAAGUGUCUUGCAUUUUUACAUGUUAGCUAUAAUUCCUGAAAUUGCUUAACUGAAAGCUAUAAUAGAGAACCAUUCUGGCAUUUGAACUGCUAUUUUACAUUUAGGAAAAAGCAAACACAUCUGUUUCUCUGCUUUAUCCAGAAAAACCGACUUUCUGGUUUCAGCUUCAUAUUGUUUAGUAGCAUAAUGAGAGUAGUCUCUUAUCUUUCUCGAAUAUUAGUAAAUAUAUUGUUAGCAGGAAGUUCUGAAAUUGAAGGGAAAAUAUAUAUAAGGAAAUAAAGGAAUUGAAUAUACCCUUCAAAAAUCACCAAAUACUGAAAAUAAGAGAUGAGUCCUUAAAACCUGAGUCAAAAAAGAUCCGGUUUUAUACCCUGCAAUUAAUUCAGGGCUGCAUUGGCAUUAAAAAAAAUUAAAUAAAUAUAUAUGUAUCAUAUAUAUAGUAGCUUACACUUAAAAGAGAAAAUAUUGCAUUAACACUGCAUAUUCUGAUAUGUACCACAUUAACACAUAACAGGCAUUUUAUUUAUACUUCAUAGAGUCAGACACAACUUUCAAAAAUCAUACUGUAUUUGCAAUAGAAAAGGGUAUUCUUGUCUACCACAAAGUAGUAUGUCCACACUUAAUAGUGAAAAUUUCCUUCCUUUCCUGCUCAAAAAUUUCUUCAGUCUGUUAUUAUUUUUGAGUGGUCCUUGCUGCAAAUUUUAAACAGAGCAAGAAAUCUUCCUCAGAGUAGGUGGCAUGGAAUUAAACUACUAGAAUAUAUGUGAAUUCAUGUCAUUUACCCCUGAGUAUGGUAGAACUGUUAAAGCAUUCCUAAAUUCCAACUAUAUGAAGCCUAUCAUUACUGGGGAAAGUAUAUUCCUUGGGAUAAGAAUUAAUUUCUUCACACCAUUAGAGUAUGUUAUGAGUAGUAAGGAACUACUUAGAUGCGAUUUAUUUAUAGAAUUGUCCCUUGGCCUCUUGAAAUGGCUAGAUCUUUCACUGCUGACUAGUUUAUCUACUUGCUGGUAGGAUAGACUACAUUGCUUUACUGGACAAAGCAGAAUGAACUUAAAGAACUAAAAUAUGUUCUACAUUGGCCAGGAGCGGUGGCUCACACCUGUAAUCCCAGCACUUUGGGAGGCCGAGGUGAAUGGAUCACUUGAGGUCAGGAGUUCGAGACCAGCCUGGCCAACAUGGUGAAACCCCAUCUCUACUAAAAAUAACCAAAACAAAAAUUAGCCAGGCAUGGUGGCUUGUGCCUGUAAUCCCAGCUACUCGAGAGGCUGAGGCAGGAGGCUUAAACCCAGGGGGCAGAGGUUGCAGUGAGCCGAGAAUGUGCCACUGCACUCCAGCCAGGGCGACAGAGGAAGACUCCAUCUCAAAAAAAUAAUAAUAAAAAUAAAUAAAAUAAAAUAUGUCCUAGAAGGAAAAGCAAUGACAGAGUAAUCACCAAAUUAAUAGGAACCUCUUUCUAGAGAAAGUACAUCCCCAGUUAGUUCAAACCCAGGUUUCAAAGAAGCAGCAUUGGGCUCUGUUGUAAAGGCAGGCAGGCACCAACAGCUGGUGGGGAGAGAAGUGGAGCACCCUCAAAUCAUUCCCAUUUUCACUUCCAAUUUACUUUUUGUAAUCAUUAAGCUUAAGCUAUGUAUGGAAAUGCAAAGCACUAUUAGCGUUUGUAGAAAGCAGCUGAAAGCUUACCCACCAAUGCUUUUUUGAAGACAGUGUCAUCCCAAAUUUAAAAAUCCCAUUGUAUAUGUUGUACAAUUUCUGGCAAAGAAAUGGAGGAUCCUGUGUCAGCUAUUCCCAUGUAAAGCCAACCAUAUAAGGUUGGGUCAUGUUUUAGCUAUGCUAGGAUUUACUGCACACAUGAAAAAAUGUCAUUUAGCUUGUCGAAUUGCCAGCACAGCUGCACAUACGAGCGAAGCACUGUUGGUCAUUGUUUCUCAGUGGGGGUGCUCUUGGCAGUUGGGGCUGGGCAGGUCUUUGCUGUACAGAAUCAUCCCAAGCAUUGCCAGAUGUUUAAUAUCCCAGGCCCCUGCUGACUAAAUGUCAGUAGUGUUCCCAGUCAUUGUAAACACCAAGAAUAAAAAGCCUUCCCCGUGUUCAAAUGCUCUCCCUGGGAGGCUGGUAUCACCUUCCCUGAAUGCCACUGUCUACUGCAAUUUGAGAAUACGUGGAGAAAAAGUGCCUGUCCCCAAACAUUGUCUCUGCUGCCUUGCAUUUCUUUGGGUCCUGAAUGGUUUUUCUCCCUUCAUUUAUUGAGCCUUUGUUUCAGUGCAGCUUUAAUUUGCCAGCUCUUCAAGGAGGAGGUUACUGGGCAGCCUUGGCCAUUCCAUGGGCAUGGGGACUUGGCCUAGUCCCUAUCUAUACUUAAAGGAGAGCUCAUACAUGAAGAAAGCUUUUUUUUUUCCUUUGCCUUACAGAUUUACUUUAGAACCGCAUUCUUGGUCAUAAUUCUUGUUAAUGUCAAAAGGAUUGCUGCAUGGGUUAAACACAAACACAGACUAACAAUGCACUUGAACAAACCUGGUGGUCUUUGAAAAUAAAUCACCAUUAGAUUUCACCUGUUUAUGCUGCAUCCCAUAAGUUCCAAGUGAAUCGCCUGCUUAUCCUAUUAACGAAGCAUUUAAUUCACACGCAAAUGCUUGAAUUCCCCCUGUAUAAAUAUAGUCAUGCGGUUCAACUUUUCUAAUAAGAUUUGUGAAUGCUGCAUUAUAACAAAAAUGUGGAUUAACUGUGGAUUGCAUGCCUAUUGUUCAUACUUCAGUGAUGGUCACACACAAAACAAGAUGAGUUUUACUUAGGUGAAAUGUUAAACUGUACUAACAAUACAGAAACAUAUUCUCUUUGUUGCUUUUUAUCACCAAAACUGCAUGGUAGAAGUGUCUUAAAGUUAUUUGGAUGAAUUGUGGCUAGGAGAAUGGAAUUUAUUUAGCCACUAUAAUUUUUAAAACAUUAAAAGUUUUAAAUUUUUUUGAGGCCAAGCAGCACAGAGUCAUAAAGGUGGUUAUAUUGUAAGGUUUUAGGUGGUGCUUAAGAAUUCUUAUCUUUUUAAAUGGCAGUAUUUUUUUUUAAGAAUAAAUUGAAAGGAGUAAAUAAGACAGAAUGCCACUGUACCCUCAGGUCAAUUUUAUGGUAUAUGAAAAUGCCAAUAAUAUUUGUGCCACUUGCCAACUUGGGGUGCGGGGGGCCUUUUCCCCUACUGGAUACUUUUGUUAUAGUUUGACUAUGUCAUUACAUUGCUCAGAGAGCCUCCACAAUGAGACAUUGCCACUGCAGUGCUAACUCGCCUUCAGAAAUAAUUAGAAUGAUUCAAGGGUCAAACCACUUCCAUCCCUUAAAAUAUAGGCACUAACUUUUCUUUUUCUUUUUCUUUUUUUUUUUUUUAACAUUUCUUCUGUGGCUUAAAAAUGUGCCAGUGUGUUCAAAACAUUUGCACCAAUAUCACCAGAAUGAGGACCUACUAAAACUUCAAACAAGUCUCUUUCUUUUUUUUCUGUGUUUCUGCGAUUUUUAAAUAAUGGACUAUAUGCAUUCUUUUGUUAUUUCACACUUCAGAUAAAAUGAUAAGAAUGAUAAACUGUGAUCAUUAUCAGACUGACUGAAUGCUUUCUGAUUUCCAGUGAGCGAUCUAGUCCUAUGUAUUACACAGGCGUAAUAUCUGUGAGUGUAAAUAACUGGAAGUGUACACUGAUUAACAUGACAGUUUCUCUUUUGUUGUUGUUCUUAUCUGUACUGUAUUAUAGUAUGUGGGUAUAAAUAUCUACAAGUAUACACACACAUGUACUUGUAUUCCACUAUUGUAACCUGAAAGAUAGACUGUGUAUUCCCGUUUUUAAUUCCGUACUGGUGUUUGUGUUAUUUAAAAUGCAAAAUUCUGCUCUAUUUAGUUGUAUAAUAUUAGAGGAUACUUUGCUGUGCACAAUUCCAAGUGCCUUAGAACAUUGUUUAGCUUUCCUAAGUAUAUAUAAAUGCGUAUAUGUAUAAAAUUGGGAAAAGUUACCUCAAUAAAAUCAUUGGGAAAUCCCCAGUUUUA